AUGAAUCACAAAUCUACCUUUUAAUCGUCGUUUGGUGGUUUUACUUCCAUAGUAACAAUCUUUCUUGUGUUUCUAUUUUUUUCAACCAAUUUCAUUGAUUAUUUGGCUGGAAAAAAUAUCAUCACCAAGCAAACUUAGGUUUAUGACGACUAACUUUCAAAUCUGCAAUUGAAUGAUCAAGAUUUUAUAAUGGCAUUGGGGAUCGAAUAAAAUAACUUUAUAAGCCAACCCUAUUUUACUCUCAAUUUACAAUAAAGUAUGAGAGACUUUCAAAUGGAACAAUUAUUAAAAAUAUUACUUAACUUCCUUUGGUUCCAUGUACUUUGGAUCGGUUCCACUCAAUUUUCCAACGUUAUGGUAAAAACUUCUCAGAGGACUUUGAGAGACUCUAACUCCAGAACUUGCUGUGCCCUUAGUAAUAUUGAUAUGUACUAUGAUAGAAAUUAAUUAAAUAUGAAUAUUGGAGGAACAUUUACAUCUAAUAAUUUUAACUUUCUUAAAAUUGAAGUUACGUCAUGCAAUUAAAGUGAAUAUACCGAUAGAAGAUGUGCAUCAGAGGAUGAAUUAAAACAACAAGUAGAGAAGAUCGGGAAUUUCAAGGUUUAGGUGUAUAUUAUAAAUAAAGUUAUAUUUCAAUUUGAAAAUAGGUAAUAAACCCUAAUAAAAUUGGAUCCGACUAUGUAUCUAUAUAUCUGGAUGAUCGAAGUUAUUUAUCUUUUGUUCCGAAGCAAAUUAAUAAAUAGGCAAACAUAUUCUUUAGAUAAUAUUAAUUCUAAAAUAGUCUAGAUCUUUAUCCAUUUAAGUAAGCACUUCUGUAUGAAUUUAAGUCAAGAUCAAAAUUCGAAUUUUAUUUCUAUAGAUGAUACAUAGACCAAAGAAAUUACUGAUUUGGGAAGAGAUUCAGAUGCCGUUUAUGCAUCGUUUUAUUUUCGUAAAAGUCCAAUCACCACCUUGGUUGAGAGAAAGAAUUAAAGCAUUAUCGAUUUGCUAUCUAAAUUGGGAGGUUUGUUCUAGAUUUCUUUUAUUGUUAUGGGAUUCAUAAUAUCAACGUAUAAUAAAAUAACAAUGCUUGUAGAAUUAUCGAAUAAGGUUUACGAGUUUAGUACUGAUUUUGAUGAGUAGAACAAAUAACAUUAAUAAAAUCUAAAAAUGAUAGAUCAUAUCUAUGAAGAUAAAUAGUUUAGACAAGAGUACUAUGUAAAUAGGGAAGGCUAAUAAUAAUAAAUUCCAAAUAGUGAAAUAAAACACAAAAGCAAAAUUCUACAACUUUUCAGGAAGCAUUAGUCUGACAAACAUGUAAUGUUGAUCGAUCGACCACCAACUGAGAAUAAUGAAUAUGUUAAUCAAGGUUCAAAUGAGAAUGAAGAUAAGAGUAAUUAAAUUACAUAGUAGGCAAUAAAGGAUCAUAACAUUUUAGCUUAGAAGCUCAAUUGUGUAAGUGGAUUGGAUUACUUCAAAAAAUAAAUCAAUCUUAUAUUAAAUAGAUCGUAACCGUUGAGGUUUAAUUUCAAGAUAUUUUUCAAUUAAUUGUGUUUUAGAAGAACUUUCUAGAAUUCACUUUCCGUAUUAUUUUAUAAUUAAGCAGUUGAUAAAAUCAAUGAAUAAUUGGAUGUGUUUAAUAUUUUGACUAAAUUAAAUGAGAUUGAUAAACUAAAAGAAAUUCUACUGACAAAUUCUUAGUAGUUAUUAUUUGAUUUCGCAGCAAAACCCAUUAUUUCAUUGAUUGAGGAAAAAGAAAUGCACUUUUCUCGAACCUUUUUGGAAGAGAGAGCAAGAAGCACGAUUGAAUAGUAUAAAAAUAAAAAGAUUCGCAGGAGUCAAUUAAUAUAAUAGAGUUUAAGAAACCUUUUUCGUACUCAAAGUCUUGAUAGGGAUCAUAGAAUAUACAAGAGAAUCUAUAGAGCUUAUGAUUUAGUAUUGCAAUAGAGUAUGGAUUAAAAUCCUCAAUAUGAAGUUAAUCAAAAAUUGAUCAAGAAACUUGGAGAUGAAAUAUAGGCCAUUUUCAAAUUGUCUAAAUUGUUAGAUUUUGAUGGCAUCAAAAGAUUGAGAGCAAAUUCAAAUAACGAUCAAGUUUGUAGAAAUACUCAAAAUAUCCCCGAUGAGAUAAUCCUCAAAUGA